AUGUCUUCCACAGAACGCCUUCCUUUUCUCCCACCGCCUCCCAAUGCCCCGAGUCCCCUUGGCCAGUACAGGCUCCUCUCUCCGCGAGCGAGCAUUCGUGUCUCGCCUUUCCAACUGGGUGGAAUGUCCAUUGGUACUGCAUGGGGUCAAGGAAUGGGAAAAAUGACAACGGAAUCAAGUUUUGAGCUUCUGGACGCCUUCUAUGAGUUAGGUGGUAACUUUAUAGAUACGGCGGUGAAUUAUCAAGAUGGAACCUCCGAAGAACUCAUAGGCGAAUGGAUGGAACUCCGAGGUAACCGGGACCAAAUGGUGAUUGCUACCAAGUACAGCGGUCCUUGGAAACUUCACGACAAUAGUGUAUCCCAAAAAGUCCAUUACCUUGGAAAUGGGAGCAAAGCCCGACACUUGGCAAUUAAUGCUUCGCUAAAGCGGCUACAUACCGACUACAUCGAUAUCCUAUACGUUCAUUUCUAUGACUGGGAGACCAGCGUCGAAGAGUUGAUGACCAACUUGCACAAUCUCGUGGUAUCUGGCAAGGUAUUACAUCUUGGUAUCUCGGAUACUCCUGCAUGGGUUGUCGCAAAAGCCAAUCAAUAUGCUAUUGACCAUGGAAAGACUCCGUUCUGCAUCUACCAAGGUCAAUGGAAUUUGACGGAGCGAUCGUUUGAACGUGAGAUCAUCCCCAUGGCUCGCGACCUAGGUCUCGCUCUCGCCCCUUGGGGUGUUCUUGGAGCAGGCAGACUCCGUACGGACGCGGAAGAUCAAGCACGAAAAGAAAACCUUGCAAACGAGCGAACAGGAUUUACGCAGGACGGUAAAUCAGAGCGAAAUGAGGCCGAAAUCAAAGUUUCUGCUGCCCUUGAGAAAGUCGCCAAUGAAGUUGGCGCGAAGAGCAUCCAAGCAGUUGCCAUCGCAUACCACCUACAAAAGACUCCCUACGUCUUCCCAAUCCUGGGUGGUCGCAAAAUCGAGCAUUUGAAGAAAAACAUCGAAGCAUUCACGAUUACAUUGUCGAAGGAACAAAUUGAUUAUCUCGAGAGCGCUCUACCGUUUGAUCCUGGAUUCCCGAACUGGUUAAUUGGUGGUGGUGCGGGGUCAUCCUCUAUGAUCAAUUCCUUUGCGCCGGUGUCUGUGUGGCCCAAGGCGGAAGCUAUCAAGCCCGCCAAGUAG